GCAAGCCUUCAACUCAACCGUGUUCUUCGUGAUCGUUGAUGUUGCUUGUUUCUUUGUUUGCUAUUAAAAGGGGGGAUUAGAGUAGUCUAGGGAAAUUAUCUACGGAAGCCAGCCGGGGCCAGGCUUUGUUUGCUUGGAGGACUUCCACUCACUUGUCUGUGCCAACAAGGUGUUCGGUUGGAUGGUUUUGUACCGGUGAUCGUUGGAUAGCCGGAUCAGGAUCCUACCCUACCUCUCAUUUUGAUCCCCUGGCUGCUGAACCUUCUAAUUCCUCAGAGGCACGGAGGCUGCCAAGGAAGCACGGAAUCGAAUCCAAAAACCUGCCAUGGCUCCUUUUUCUGGCAACAGCGGACGUUCCUCUUCUUUGGAAACAGAAGAAGAACAACCAUCCAGCAAGAAGCAAAUAACGAAUGCUGAGGAUCAAGAUCUUCUUUGGAGCCAAGCGAAUGUGACGGCCGUGGCAGAGUUAUGGGAGUUGUCCGAGGACGAAGUGGAUUCGUUGAAGAAACUCCAAGCCCUGUUGCAGGAUAUUGACCAUUGGAAGAAUGACCCUUAUGAAGUGGUCCGAUACCUACGAGAAUAUGGCAACGUCAAAAAGGCCGAGACCAUGUUUCGCAAAAUGGUCCAUUGGCGCGUGGAGAAUGACGUCGAUAGCUUUUUGGACACGUACACUCCGCCAAUUCUAUUUCGAUACCUACCAGUCUUUCUCUGUCAAGGUCUCGAUCGAGAUGGUAGACCCAUUUACGUCGAACGAUUUGGAGUGGGAGAUCAAUAUGGCCUGGUGCUGGCAUACGGAGGGAUCGAGCCAAUGGCACAAUACACGCAGUUUGUCAGAGAACUAACGACCACACGACGACGAACGCCCACAGGAAGGUUUUGUUGGCAGAGAGAUUACUACGAGCCCUUGAUGGGUGGAAAAAAGAGACUCACGCAAUUCACGGCCAUUAUGGAUAUGCAAGAUCUGAACCACAGAAAUCUCCGUGGGGGGCUCUUGGGGUUGCUCCAGAGAAUGGCACGCAUCAGCCAGGAUUGUUAUGCGGGAGUGGCGAAACGAGUCAUUAUAUUGCGUGCACCUGCCAUCUUUGAAUGGGGGUGGAACUCGGUGGUGAAACAUUUCUUUGAUGAACAUAUACGGAAAAUGAUUACAUUCACCAGUGCAGAAGAUUACCUCCAAGUGAUGGACAAGUACAUUGAUCUGGAGGUCUUACCAGACUGCUUGGCUCCAGGCAUUGGCAAAGGCAAGGCCAUGCCGGGAUUUUUUGAAACUGUUCGUUUGGAAGGAGGAUUGAUUCCCACCGAGAAGGAAGCCAACAAGGUGCACGACACCACCAGAGACCACUUGGAACCACUCCAGGAGAUUUUCAUUCCCGGACGCCCACAACAUCCAAGGAACAAUCAUCAUACCACCGCCAGCAGCUCGUCUUCUAGAGUAAGAGUUGGUUCCCUGCUCAAGGGCACGUGGGAAGUUUCUUCGACUGCAACAGAUGACACUGAUGCCACAGAUGCCUCCAUUCGAUCUACCAGUACGGAAGUUACAGUGUACUCCGGUUACUAAUAUGCAUAGAUAUUUCGUAGUUAUGGAUAUUCA